AUCUUGAUCGGAGUUAAUGACAGUGAAUCUCAAUGCAUUAACACCGGAGGGAAUGAAACAAUCCGAGUACGCCACGUGUCACAUUUCAUUCCCCCGCUAAAUACGCAGGCGUUCCGUUCCCAGCAUGUAUUUCGUACUUCACAACUCAGAAUCAUACGUACAACUAACGCCUAAGCUGGCUUAGCGGCGUAGCGUCUGCUCUCGUCGUCGUAUCUCCUGUUGAUCGAUCGCCUCACUGACGGAGAGUAGCAGCGUCUUCCACCGGGAAGAGGAAGAGGAAGAGGAUGGAGCUGUUCUAUUACAUGGUGUUCGGCUGCUUAGCGGCGGUCGUGGCCAUUCUGGAGCUGAGCAAGACGAGCAAAGAUCGUAUCAAUACUUCUCCGCUAUUCAACGCUUUUAAGAACAAUUACCUCGUCGUUUACUCGCUUAUGAUGGCCGGUGAUUGGUUGCAGGGUCCAUAUGUGUACUACCUUUACACCACAUAUGGCUACGGAAAGGGAGAGAUUGGACAACUAUUUAUUGCUGGAUUUGGGUCUAGCAUGCUGUUUGGCACAAUAGUUGGAUCUCUUGCUGACAAACAGGGUCGAAAGAGAGCAUGCCUGACCUACUGCAUUACUUACAUAUUGAGCUGCAUAACCAAGCAUUCACCACAGUACAAAGUCUUGAUGUUGGGACGUGUCUUGGGUGGUAUUGCCACUUCUCUCCUCUUCUCAGCAUUUGAGUCAUGGCUUGUAGCAGAACAUUUCAAGAGGGGUUUUGAUCAGCAAUGGCUUUCAUUGACUUUCUCCAAGGCAAUAUUUCUUGGAAAUGGUCUUGUUGCCAUUAUUUCUGGAUUGUUUGGAAAUUAUCUGGUAGACACAUUAAACCUUGGGCCAGUGUCACCCUUUGAUGCUGCUUCUUGCUUUCUCACCAUCGGGAUGGUUAUCAUAUUUUUAACAUGGACUGAGAAUUAUGGAGAUGCUACAGAUAACAAGGACUUACUGACUCAGUUCAAAAAUGCAGCCACAGCCAUUGCUUCAGAUGAGAAGAUUGCAUUACUGGGUGCUAUACAGUCCCUGUUUGAAGGUUCAAUGUAUACCUUUGUGUUUCUCUGGACUCCUGCUCUUAGUCCAAACGAUGAAGAAAUCCCUCAUGGCUUUAUCUUCGCAACUUUUAUGUUGGCAUCAAUGUUGGGAAGCUCAUUUGCAUCUCGACUUAUGACCCGCAACUCACUUAGGGUUGAGAUCUAUAUGCAGGUUGUAUUUGUUAUUGCCUCUGCAUCUCUCCUCCUACCAAUAGUGACAAGUUUCCUCAUACCUCCAUCAACCGUGAAAGGAGGUGGCAUAUCAUUUGCAGGUUGUAUCCUGCUUCUUGGCUUUGCCACAUUUGAGGCCUGCGUAGGGUUAUUCUGGCCAUCCAUUAUGAAGAUGAGAUCCCAAUACAUUCCAGAGGAAGCAAGGAGCACUAUUAUGAAUUUCUUCAGGAUUCCUCUAAACAUCUUCGUCUGCAUUGUCCUCUACAAUGUUGCUGCGUUCCCCAUCACAGUUAUGUUUGGUAUGUGCUCAAUCUUCUUGCUUGUGGCAUCGAUUUUGCAGAGACGUCUCGCAGUCAUUUCAGAUAAGCCAAGGAUAGAAAAUUGGACAACAUUGAGAGAAAGAGAUAGUGAGGUUGAUCCUCUCAACGUUCCUUGAUACGAACUAUGGGAAAAUGGGUAACAACGUUCUGACCUUGGGUUUGGUUGAAAGUGCAAUUAUCCAAUAUUGACACUACCAAACAUUCCCUAGUUGGAAGUAGGCAGGAACAAAGAAGUUGCUGCAUUCAAUUUUCUGUUGCGAUUUAUACCAGAAGAAUACAUUGGCAUCCAUCAUUUCUUUAGCUAUUCCCCUUUUUUCACAACUCUUUGCUUUUGUUAUGUUGCCGCUCCUGGUCUCAGCCUAAGUCUAUAAUUUUGUACGGUGUUUUCACUUGCCCCCAUUUUUUAAAUCAUUUUAUCACAACAAAUGUAUUAGUUACUGAACAUUCAAUCAUUCUUUACAUUAUCACAAAUUCGGCUUUGCUUUGCCUUGCCAU